AUCAUGUCCUGAAGCUGGUCUGAUUGAUUAUCACUUAUUGAUCACAGAACUCUGGCCAAUUUACUCAGCUGUCCAGAUAUUCCUCCGCUCUGCGCGGCCCCGAGGCUGAUGAGCUCAUUAGGCGCAGCUGUGUGCGCGCUCCCGACACCCUGAGUGCACGGAGAGGAGACGGCUGGACGCGCGCGAUGUUUGAGCUUCAGGUGGACGACUGUCUGCUCCAUGGAGACUCGUCUCUACUCGUUUCUCUGCUUCACUAUGAAGGACUGACCAGCUCCACCCUCACCAGGCUGCACCUCCUGGUUACCAAGGAGCUGCGCAGCAGGGCGUUCUGCAGGGUUCUGGUCGUGUUGAAAUCUGUAUCGAUUCUGUCGGAGAACAAGGAAGACCUGGAGACUCUGGUCAACCUCGGCCUGACUGCUAAGGUGAUGCUAUGGUUCGAAGCUGUUCACAACUUGCUGACCUCCGACCUCCAAGAAGGCUCCACCACCCUGAUGGCCCUCACAGAGGAGUUCUUUGACUACUUCCUGCUCCUGGCCCAGGCGUCUCCUCCAGCUGCCCAGCUGUCCGUGCUGCUGCUUCACCUGGCUCACCUGGCUCUGGAGGCCGGAGUUCACUUCCCUCUGCGACUGGAGGCCAUCAGAACCUUCAACAGCAUCCUGGAGUCCCUGAGCAGGCAGCAGAGGAGGCUGAUCCAGAACGACCAGAACCAGAACCUGACUCAGCUGGCAGCUGCUGUUGUGACGGUUGGAGGUGAGCUUGAUCCGUUAAAUGUUCUGGACGGUUCUCAGGUAGAGAUGAGGACCACUGACCCGUGGUCCUCCGAGUCUGGCUUCCUUCUUGUUUCAGACUACGAGUUUCAGGUCAGCCUCUUGGAGGCGCUGUGUCGCCUUACGCCGCGCAGAGAGCGUGAGCAGAGAGCCAAUCAGUGGUUCGACAGCAGUGACAUCAGAUCCACCUUCUGUGACAUCAGAGAUGCCGACUUUGAGGACUGCAGACGCUUCCUGAACUUCGUUAACUGUUGCCAUGGAGACCAGAGGAGAGUGUACAGCUUCCCCUGCCUGAGGGCCUUCCUCAGCUCCACGCAGUUGUUCCGACCCAAAGAUGAAAAAUUGGACAAGUUCUGGAUCGAUUUCAACGUGGGUUCGGGAUGUGUGAGCUUUUUCAUCGAUGACUGUCAGGGUUUUCUCUGGGGGUCCAUCCACCUGCAGAUGGAGGACGUGGAUUAUUACAGUCUGAAGUUCAAACAAAACGAGACGGUCCUCUGUGUCAGGCUGACCAAUCCCAUCAUGCACCUGAACACCAGAAGUUACGUGGUGGAGCUGACCUUUGACCCUGAACACCAGCAAGAGCUGGAGGAGGCCGCAGGGAGAGUCUUCAAUAAACAGGCGAGUCCAUCCGGCGCCGGAGGAGCGGUCCAGACCUCGCCCUCUGCAGACACGCACAUGGCUCGGUCCUACAGCCGCAAGAAGCCGCCAAGCAAGAGUCAGCUGAAGAUUCUACCGCUGUCGUCUCCAAGCAGCGAGGACGAGUCCACCUCACUGAAGCCUAUGGCUUCAAACCAAGCCGAAGUUCUGUUUGACCAGAUCGUUCACUCCACUCCUAAGUUCAGCAGUCGGUCAGAGCAACCCGGCGCUGAGCGGGGCUGGUCUUCUGGUCCAUCAGAGAGAAUCUCUCCAGUUUCUGGUUCAGCUGCUUUCCAGCCACCGUUGGAUCCGCCUGAUGGAGCCGACGAUUCAGAAGUUCACCUGUCGAACCUGGAAGAGCCCCCAUCAGGUGACCUGCAGGGGGCGGAGCUUCAGACGACGCAGCACCUGACAGAGGGACUUGAAGAAGGAAGCAGCUCUCCCUCUAACAAGGAAAACCUGAGGAAAAGAGAAGCUGCAGAUUCAGGCUACCUGUCAGACCAGGCCGAGGGCGUCACCCCCUCCAAGAGGAAGGCGGAGCCUCUGCAGGACUGGGCGGAGUCUGAGUUGCCAAUGAAAGCAGAGGGGGCGGAGCUAGCAGUGGAGGAGGAUCUUCAGAGUGAGGGGGCGAAGCAGAAGGCGGAGCCAGAGUCACACCUGACAUCUGACAUCACUGCUGCGUUCAAGUCCUUCAAAGCCCAGCUGGAGCAGCGCUUCACCGGCUGCUGGCAGGAGGUCCAAGCUGAGGUUCUCAGGUCCCUGAGGGACUGUCAGCAGCACGUGUCCUCACUGCUCACGGCUGUCCACCAGCACAGGUUGUCGUUGCUGCAGCGGUUUGAAAGCAGUGUAACGGAUCAUCUGAAGCAGCUGGAGGAGAACUCCAUCAGUCUGAACUCCAUGGACUCUGAGAUUCUGACGUUCUUCCAAUCUGAGAUGGAGCAGCUCAGUUCGUUCUGUCAAGAACAUCUAAAGAAGUUGAAGAAUCUCGACUCCGACCAGCUGAGGACGAAACAUUCAACCAACCGCUGAAGAAGCCGCCAUCGACGGGAGGAGGAGGAGGAGGAGGAGGAGGAGGAGGAGGAGGAGGAGGAGGAGGAGAACCUCCUGGAUCUUUUUGUAUCUGAUAAAUUUUCUCUUCUGAUAAAAACGAUUAAAGGCUGAAACUAAAUACUGCGUGAUGUUGAUGCUGGUGCCAGUUUCCAUGGUGAUGUUGGUUGCUGGUGCUGAUGCUGGUUGCCGUGGUGAUGCGUGGCGUAGUGGCUACAGCCGACCACCAGAGGGAGAGCUGGUCUCUGCAGCGGAGGGGAGCCUCCAUCAGGCCGUACCAACACCCUGACAGCAGGGGGCAGCAGCACUGCAGGCUGACCCGGCAGAACCAAACCGGACUGGUCUUCAUCAGAACCCACAGGACACGCUGUGGACAGCGGGGAUGUCCACAGCGUGUCCUGCAAGUCUCCGUGGCUCAGGAACCUGCUGGUGACCUGUGCAGGACACGAGGACGCAGCGGGACGCCCCGCCCCCUGCAGCCC